UCUCGGAAGCGGCCGCUUUGCUUUUGCCUUCUCGCCGCCAGCCAGCCACCGUGCCAAGCAUUUGCCACCUUCUGUCCCGGGCAGCCUCCUUCCCUGGAGCGCAGGUCCAGCGCUGCCGCUUCCAGGUCCCAGGCUGCUUCCCGGGUUCCUCACGCGGGGCCAUGAAACGGGAUCCGCUGGCGCUGCACCCGCAGCAUCCUCCUCCUCCUCCUCCCAGCGGAGGGGAGCGUCCCCUUGGGCGGCCGCAGCAGGAGGAAGACCUGGCCGCCGCGGAAGGCGGGCCGCCCAAAUCCCCGCUGUGGGUCUUCGGCUACGGCUCGCUGGUGUGGAGACCCGACUUCGAGUUCACGUCGCGCAAAGUGGGCUUCAUCCGCGGCUACACCCGCCGCUUCUGGCAAGGAGACACCUUCCACCGAGGCAGCGAGAAGAUGCCUGGCAGAGUGGUCACCCUCCAAGAGGAUUAUGAGGGUUGCACAUGGGGUGUUGCCUAUGAACUCCGUGGUGAUCAAAUUGCUGCUUCGCUCAAAUAUUUAAAUAUGCGGGAAGCCGUGCUUGGAGGCUACGACACCAAGCUGGUGAAGUUCCAUCCCCAGGAUAAAGAGACUGAUGAGCCUAUCCUAGCCCUGGUUUACAUUGCAACCCCGCAGAAUCCCUCCUACCUUGGUCCAGCAUCUGAAGAGGACAUUGCAGCUCAAAUAAUCGUUUCCAGCGGCUGUGCUGGCCACAAUAUAGAGUACCUGCUGCGGUUGGCAGACUUCAUGCGCUACUUUUGCCCUCAGGUAGAAGAUGAGCACUUGUUCUCAAUUGUGGAGGCUCUGAUCUCCAUCCUGCCCUACAUAUACCAACCUGAGGAGUCUUCAGUGGAAGAAUGAACGUGACUCUGCCCUCCAGAGGGGCUGAAGUAUACCUUUUUGACCAAGGAUAGGAGCAAACACAACAGACACACUUUUUAAUGCAACUAAAAGUCAGAUUAAUAAAGCCAAUGGGUGAAGUAGUUUUAAGAGGGGAGGGGAACUUCUUGCCAUUGGACUAGCAGUGGAAACUGGAGAGAGCCUCCAUUGUUGCAGGGCGAGAAGCUGUCUGAAAAAUGCUCUUGAAGGCUCCAAUCCUAUGCA